AUGCAGCAGUCUACAGGUGGUGGGGGAAGUGACACUACCAAGCAUGCCAACAAGCGAACUACUUCUUCUUCUUCUUCCUCAUCUUCUUCAUCCUCUUCAGCACUAGAUCCACCGGGCGCAAAUCUCUCCCACCUUACCAAUCUCAGUCCCUACGAAAUCUACGCUGCCACAAAGGCCUACAGCGACAACCUGUACAACAAUGGUGGUGGCAAUGGCAGCGGCAGCACUUCCGAGCUAUCCAAUUUUGGCCAUCAUCAACAGCAGCAACAGCAUGAGCUGCCACCAACUGUGCGAUCGACGACUGCGGCUACUACGGCAUCCACUGUUGCUGUCAAUCAGCAGCUGCAACAGCAGCAGCCAUCACUCUCCUCGCUGUACCAGUACUACGCCUCACUGGGCGGAAGUACUGGUGGUGGGGGUAACCUCACUGCAGCAACAACACCCAGCUCUGCCGGGCAGAGCCAACUUCAGCCUGGUCAGCAGUUGCCAAACUUGGCUGGCACUUGGCCGCCGACGCCCACUGGCUACGAUGCUCUUGGGGCUGCUACUGCUGCUGCUUCUAGAGCACAUGUCGGUUCGCUUAGCAAAAACCCAUUGUUUGAGA